AUGAAAGCUAUUUCGUCUCAGCUUCAAGAUGAAAAGUCCAAGGUGAAAGCUAUUUCAUCUCAGCUCAAAAACGAAAAGGCCAAAGUGGCUGAACUCCAAAAAUACAUUGAAAAGAACGAAACAGUCGUUACAAGAGCUCACGAAACCCACGUGUCGUCAUUAUUCAAGAGCGUCUCAAGGCCAUUCACAGACGACAUGAUAAAAUACGAACUGAAGUGCUUCUAUGAGAAUUAUCUUCUCCCAUGGUGCGGAGAUUUGGCCUCCAUGGAAGUUGACGAACCAGAAAAGGUAAAGGAGAAGCUACAAUCAAUGGGCAUCAUCAAUAACUGCAAAAGUUAUAUGACUGAACCGGCCAACUUACAGUUCUCCAUGGACUUGCCUGAUGGGAAAAGUCCGAUGGUUCUUCUCCAAGCCGUUCUUUCGGAAACCCUUUGCGACACUUUUCUGCGCGAUGCCUAUUUUCUGGCAGAUGGGAUGGAAACGUCCAAAGUGCAAGGCCAGGAUCCUUCAGAUAGUCGCCGGCGGCUCAAGGAGGUUGAGGACAUGCUGUGCAAAGUUGACAAGAGCUUCGGAGUCGAUUGGCGCAUCCAAACCGUCCAAUCUUUAGCAAAAGCCACACCAUUCAAUCUACACCUUGUACAAAACAAAGCGAAAGAGUUCAUCCAAGACUUCCACUUCCUCCUCAAAGAAGUAGACGACCAAGCUCUCAAGGACCUAUCCCAGCUCUUCCUCGACUUUGGCAACCUGGCGCUCAAGUUCUGGAAAAUACGCACCGUCGUCAAAACACACGGCCUAUCGAGAUUCGCGGAGCAGAGGUUUGACGCUGAAUCCCCCUUUAUCGAGGCUGACGUUGUUGGCUCGCCUGCUGCACGGCGGUGUCGGCAGGGAAGGUAUGUUGGAGUUGUGGUGAGGCCGCUUAUUGUCUCGGAGCCUCUUGGACAGGAUGGCGGAGCGAAUGAAGAGGUUGUGUGGCUUAAAGCUGCGGGUUGGGUGUCUGACUUUGAGGACUCGGUUGACACUUCGGCGAAGACCGUGAUUGAUGAUAGUGAUGAUGAUGGCGAUGGUGGUGAUGAUGAAAGUGGUGGUGAUGAUGACGAUAGUGAUGGUGGUGACGAUGAUAGCGGUGGUGGUAGUGACGAUGAGGAUGUGAUGAGGAUGAUGAUGACAAUGAUGAUGACGAUGACAUUGUAG